AUGGGCUCCAUUGGCACAGCAAGCACAGAAUUUUGUUUUGAUAUGUUCAAAGAGCUGAAAGUCCACCAUGUCAAUGAGAACAUCUUCUACUCACCCCUGAGCAUCAUUUCAGCUCUCUCCAUGGUCUACCUAGGUGCAAGAGACAACACUAAGACUCAGAUAGAGAAGGUUAUCCACUUUGAUAAAAUCGCAGGAUCUGGAGAGUCCACAGAAUCUCAGUGCGGCACAUCUGUAAGCAUCCACACUUCACUUAAAGGCAUUCUCUCUGAAAUCACCAAACCAAGUGACAAUUAUUCACUAAGCCUUGCCAGUAGACUUUAUGCUGAAGAGACAUAUCCAGUCGUGCCGGAAUACUUACAAUGUAUUAAAGAACUGUAUAAAGGAGGCUUGGAAACUGUCAGCUUUCAAACAGCUGCAGAUCAAGCUAGAGAACUCAUCAAUUCCUGGGUUGAAAGUCAGACAAAUGGUGUGAUCAAAAAUCUCCUUCAUCCGGGCUCUGUUGAUCCCCAGACUGAAAUGGUCCUUGUUAAUGCUAUAUACUUCAAAGGAAUAUGGGAGAAUGCAUUUAAGGAUGAAGACACUCAAGAAGUGCCCUUUAGAAUAACUGAACAAGAAAGCAAACCUGUGCAGAUGAUGUAUCAGGCUGGUUCAUUUAAAGUGGCAACAGUGGCUGCUGAGAAAAUAAAGAUCCUAGAGCUUCCAUACGCCAGUGGAGAGCUGAGCAUGCUUGUGCUGUUGCCUGAUGAUAUCUCUGGCUUGGAGCAGCUGGAGACUACAAUCAGCUUGGAAAAACUAACUGAGUGGACCAGUUCUAAUGUGAUGGAAGACAGGAAAGUGAAAGUGUACCUUCCCCGCAUGAAGAUUGAGGAAAAAUACAAUCUCACAUCUGUUUUAAUGGCUUUGGGCAUGACUGACCUGUUCAGCCCUUCAGCCAAUCUGUCUGGCAUAUCUACAGCACAGUCUCUGAAGAUGUCUGAGGCCAUCCAUGGGGCCUAUGUGGAAAUUUAUGAAGUAGGCAGUGAGAUGGCCAGUUCUGCAGAGGUUCAGGUGGAUGUUACAAGUAUUUCAGAAGAGUUUAGGGUUGAUCACCCGUUUCUCUUCUUGAUCAAACACAACCCAACCAACAGCAUCCUUUUCUUUGGCAGGUGCAUUUCCCCUUAA